CGGCCGCCCGGCCCUCCCCAGCCCCAGCCCCAGGCGGGAUGGGGGUGUGGUCCCGAGUUUCUACGGUGGCUUCCAGCUUGGCGUCCAAAUCCCGCAGCAGGUUUCCCGGGAACCGGCCCGGGUCGCGCGUCCCCCUUUCCGCAGCCGGCCGCCCCCAGAACGUGCCGACACCCCCGGGGAACGCCCUCGGCCGCGCGGCGUCCUCCGGAGAGCGCUCCUGUCGUCACCGCGCGCUGCGAGCGGCCGAGCCGCGGCGGGGAGCAUGCGGGACUACGACGAGGUGACCUCCUUCCUGGGCGAGUGGGGGCUCUUCCAGCGCCUCAUCUUCUUCCUGCUCAGCGCCAGCAUCAUCCCCAACGGCUUCAACGGCAUGUCUAUCGUGUUCCUGGCGGGGACCCCCGAGCACCGCUGCCGGGUGCCCGACUCGGCGAACCUGAGCAGCGCCUGGCGCAACCACAGUGCCCCGCUCCGGCUGCAGGACGGCCGCCAGGUGCCCCACAACUGCCGGCGCUACCGGCUCGCCGCGAUCGCCAACUUCUCGGCGCUCGGGCUGGAGCCGGGGCGCGACGUGGACCUGGAGCAGCUGGAGCAGGAGGACUGCCUGGAUGGCUGGGAGUUCAGCCAGGACGUCUACCUGUCCACCAUCGUGACCGAGUGGAACCUGGUGUGUAAGGAAGACUGGAAGACGCCGCUCACCACCUCCCUGUUCUUCGUGGGCGUGCUCCUUGGCUCCUUCUUUUCCGGACAGCUGUCAGACAGGUUUGGCAGGAAGAGCAUCCUCUUUGCAACCAUGGCUGUGCAGACUGCCUUCAGCUUCCUGCAGAUUUUCUCCACCAACUGGGAGAUGUUCACCGUGUUAUUUGUCAUUGUCGGCAUGGGCCAGAUCUCCAACUAUGUGGUCGCCUUCAUUCUAGGAACAGAAAUUCUUGGCAAGUCAGUUCGUAUUAUAUUCUCUACGUUAGGAGUGUGCACAUUUUUUGCAGUUGGCUACAUGCUGCUGCCACUGUUUGCUUACUUCAUCAGAGACUGGCGGAUGCUGCUGCUGGCGCUGACCGUGCCGGGGCUGCUGUGCGUCCCGCUAUGGUGGUUUAUUCCUGAAUCUCCACGGUGGCUGAUAUCCCAGAGAAGAUUUAGAGAGGCUGAAGAUAUCAUCCAAAAAGCUGCAAAAAUGAACAAUGUAGCGGUCCCGGCGGUGAUUUUUGAUCCUGUGGAGCUACAGGAGCUAAGACCCCUGAAGCAGGAGAAAGUUUUUAUUCUGGACCUGUUCAGGACAAGAAAUAUUGCCACAAUAACCAUUAUGUCUAUACUGCUAUGGAUGCUAACCUCAGUCGGUUACUUCGCUCUGUCUCUCAACUCUCCUAAUUUACAUGGAGAUGCCUACCUGAACUGUUUCCUCUCUGCCCUGAUCGAAGUUCCAGCUUACGUCACAGCCUGGCUGCUCCUGCGAACCCUGCCCAGGCGGUAUAUCAUAGCUGGAGUGCUGUUCUUCGGAGGAGGCGUGCUUCUCUUAAUUCAACUGGUACCUGCAGAUUACAACUUCUUGUCCAUUGGCCUGGUGAUGUUAGGGAAAUUCGGGGUCACCUCUGCUUUCUCCAUGCUGUACGUCUUCACUGCAGAGCUCUAUCCCACCAUGGUCAGAAACAUGGCCGUGGGGAUCACCUCCAUGGCCUCCAGAGUGGGCAGCAUCAUCGCUCCCUACUUCGUGUACCUUGGUGCUUACAACCAAGUUCUGCCCUACAUCCUCAUGGGCAGCCUGACCAUCCUGAUAGGAAUCAUCACCCUGUUUUUCCCUGAAAGUUUUGGAGUGACUCUACCAGAGUCCUUAGAGGAGAUGCAGAAAGUGAAAUGCACGCAUCUUAUUUUCAGGUUCAGGUCUGGGAAAAAAACAAGAGAUUCAGUGAACAACGAAGAAAACCCCAAAGUUCUAAUAACUUCAUUCUGAUAAAAAUUUCUACCCCACUCGGUGAACUGAAAAACAGAGACAUAAGACCCUGAAGAAACCAAAGCUUUUCCUGAUGAAAUGGACUGACUGUAACCAGACGGGCCCUGCUGUUGAGAAAUGCUUGUCAUGUAGCAAAUUCUGGACCACUCUUCCAGAUCAUCUCCUUUUUUAAAAAAACUAACCAUUUCUAUAGGGUCCACCUUACUAAUGAGUCCAGCGAAAUGGGUUUGUAAGGUUGUUUGAAAAUGUGUUGAUUAAGGACUAGUCAAUACACAUAAAGAUGAACACUCAUUUCCAAACAUACGACUGCCAUCCAAAUAGAGCGUCAUUGUAUUCACACA